CUGCUGCGGUCGUUGCUAGGAAACUCGGAAACCCACCCGCCAGUAUGUCGGGCUACAAUCGUUUGGGGCAUGAUCGUGAGGAUCAACACUACUCACCAGCCAUGAAUCCCCUCCGCACAAACCGAUCGCCAUCGCCUGGCCAACCUUUACAAAACUAUCAGCUCGAGGACCACUAUGUUCCACAGCCGUCAGGCGCCCUCGAGAUUCCCAUGGGGCCAGGCCCACUCGCCUCGAGCGACCGCCUGCAGCUGCAACCCAGCUAUUCCGUCGAGAACAUCCCCUACGGUCCCGGCGACUACCACGAUGACUACCGCCCACACCCACACCAUACCGCAAGCGACUACUCGCUCGAUCCCCAAGCACAUCACGAUGCAUACUAUACCCAGCCCUAUGACCCUUCGCCGCUCGAUGACGGCUCCCGUCCAUACGCCGCGCAGCAAGAUCCUUACUACCAAGACGAUGAGGUUGGGGAACCCAUACUGCACACUCAGACCUCAUAUGGCCCCGACCCGCAUCAAGACCCCGAGAACCCAUUCCAAGACGAUGAACCGCUGCCAGCGCCGAGUCCUGCUCCCACAGCUCCCAUAAAACGAUGGAAGACGGUCAAGAAGGUCGCCCUGUUCCGUGGCAAUUACGUCUUGGAUUGCCCCAUUCCACCGCGUCUGCUCAACCAGGUCAACCACGCCCAACCCCCUGAGCGUGAUGAAUUCACACAUAUGCGCUACUCGGCCGUGACUUGCGACCCCAAGCACUUCGUCGAGGAGCGCUUUACCCUGCGCCAAAAGCUAUUCGCGAAGAAUCGUGAGACUGAGCUGUUCAUUGUCAUUACCAUGUACAAUGAGGAGGACGAGCUCUUUGCGCGCACUCUGAGUGGCGUAAUCAAGAACAUUGAGCACAUGAACAACCGCCCCAACAGCAAAACAUGGGGCAAAGAGGCCUGGAAGAAGAUCGUGGUCUGCGUCGUGAGCGACGGUCGUAAUAAGAUCAACCCGCGCACGAGAGCCGUGCUGGCCGGUUUGGGUGUCUACCAGGACGGUGUGGCCAAGGAGACGGUCAAUGGCAAAGAUGUGACGGCCCAUUUGUACGAGUAUACGACGCAAAUGACUGUCGACAUCAAGAAGAACGUCGUCAACGUGAGAAAGGGAAACACACCGGUGCAAAUGCUGUUCUGUUUGAAGGAGAAGAACCAGAAGAAGAUCAAUUCCCAUCGAUGGUUCUUUCAGGCUUUUGGUGACGACCUGGAUCCCAACAUCUGCGUGCUGAUCGAUGCCGGAACGAAGCCGGGUAAGGACUCCAUCUACCAGCUCUGGAAGGCUUUUGAUCUAGAGCCCAUGUGCGCCGGUGCUUGCGGCGAGAUCAAGGCUAUGCUCGUACAUGGCAAGAAGCUUCUCAACCCGCUCGUGGCGACACAGAACUUUGAGUACAAGAUGAGCAAUAUCCUGGACAAGCCUCUCGAGUCGGCUUUUGGUUUCAUCACUGUACUUCCAGGUGCUUUCUCUGCCUACCGGUAUUGUGCUCUGCAAAACGACAAGACGGGGCAGGGACCUCUCCAGAAAUAUUUCCUGGGCGAGGAAAUGCACGGCACCAACGCUGGUAUCUUCACCGCCAACAUGUACCUCGCCGAGGAUCGUAUUCUUUGCUUCGAAUUGGUCUCCAAGAGGCAGUCACGCUGGAUCUUGCAGUACGUCAAAUCGGCGACUGGCGAGACCGAUGUACCGACAGAGAUGGCGGAUUUCAUUCUCCAGCGACGAAGAUGGCUGAAUGGCUCCUUCUUUGCUGCUGUGUACGCUCUCGCCCACUCAUUCGACAUCUUCCGUAGUGGCCACACGUUCCUGCGCAAGAUGAUGUUCCUGGUCGAAUUCUUUUAUCAAACCAUCAGCAUGCUCUUCGCGUGGCUCGCUCUCGGCAACUUUUUCCUCGUCUUUCGCAUCCUCACCGCAUCCCUGGCUACUGAACUCGGCACCGUUGGAAAUGUCCUCUUCAUAAUAUUCGAGUGGCUGUACGUGGCAGUGCUGAUAUCUUGUUUCGUCCUCUCGCUGGGUAAUCGACCGAAUGGCUCCAAUCGACUGUACAUGACCAUGGUGUACUUUUGGUGUGUCAUUAUGGCCUAUCUCAUGUUCGCUUCCAUCUUCAUCACAGUUCGGUCAGUGCAAUCGCAGAUCGCAAAGAACAACGGAUUCAGCGUCGGCGAUAUAUUCACAGACCAAAUCUUCUUCACUCUCAUCGUGUCGCUUGCAUCUACAUACGCUAUGUGGCUGGUUGUGUCCAUCAUCUUCCUCGAUCCCUGGCACAUGUUCACGUCUUUCAUCCAGUACCUCCUCUUGACGCCAACGUACAUCAACAUUCUCAACGUCUACGCCUUCUGCAACACUCACGAUAUCUCGUGGGGUACCAAGGGCGACACCAAAGCCGAAAAACUUCCUUCCGUUGCCACGGGCGCUGAUGGUAAGGCCGAAAUCGAAGCCCCGACCAACGACGCCGAUCUCAACACGCAGUACGAGGCCGAGCUCGCCACGUUCCGCACUAAGUGGGUCGAGGAGAAGAAGGAAGACUCUGCGCAGGAUAAGCAAGAAGACUACUAUAAGGGAUUCCGUAGUUCCGUCGUGUUGUUUUGGAUGUUUUGCAAUCUUGCGCUCGUGGUGGUUGUGUUGCAGAGCGGCGGAUUGGAAGUUACAGUCAAAACACCCGAAGACCAGGCUGCCAGGCAGGAUCGCGUCGCCACGAUUUAUCUGGCAGUUGUACUGUGGAGUGUGGCUGGGUUGAGUGCGUUCCGGUUCAUCGGUGCCAUGUGGUUUUUGGUUAUUCGCAUGUUCCGUGGUGUAUAA